CACUUCCGCCUCCACGGAAACCGCUGCAUUUUCCAGGUAAACCAUAAUCGACGUAUUAGGCCCGGACCACGCGCCAUGUUGCCAAUGAUGAAGAUUUUUGGACGACUGCCAUUUCGCGACUCUGCAAAGACGCUCCCCUGGUGCCUGUGACGACAGCGGCGUGGCGUCGGCGUGGCUGGGGCGGACGCACCGCCUCCCCGCAACCCGAAUUCCCCGCCAGGACAUGUUGGCAUGCAAUGACAACGACGUUCCACCACUCUUUUCCUACCAUACCUUUGCUUGCCUACCUCGUGAUCUCUUCAUUACGCCAAAUCACAACCACCGAGCGCGUCUUCAUAGUGCGCACCGCUAUCUCACACUGCGUAGGCACGGUUGGUGCCCGAUCCUUGAAGUAUGGCGUCCGUAACGUCCCUGGACCAAGACAUGAAGAGGCUACGGCUGGGGAAAUAUACUCCACAGGCAGCGAAUGAAGUGCGGAGUUGGAUUGAGGAUACUCUCGGGGAGCGAUUACCCCCGGGAGAUUUACUCGAUGCGCUCAAGGACGGAACAGUGCUGUGCAGACUCGUGAAUCUUGCGGUUCCAAACCCCGGCGUCAAGUUCAAAAAAUCGCCUAUGCCUUUUAUACAAAUGGAAAACAUUUCCCAUUUCCUGCACGCAUGCGAACAGCCGCCGCUAAGCAUGCCGUCCCACGACCGAUUCCUCACCGUCGACCUCUACGAGUCCAAGGACCCUGCUCAAGUUUUACAAUGUCUGAGCGCCUUCAGCCGAGUUGCCAAUGCCAUCAAUCCGUCAAGAAUCCCAACCACCAUAGGCCCCAAACGGAGUGCUGGCCCGCAAAGCCCCUCUGCCACCGGUUCGUUUUCCAACGGUAAAUCGCUCUCGUCUCCAGGACCUGGACGAAGUAGAGGAAUAAGUACAAGCAGUGCUGGCGGAUCCACUACAUUCAAUCCCUUAUCUAAGCCAGCUGCGGACAGGGCGUUGAGUCCUACUCUUACAGGUGGUUCUAACACUUCCAAAACUUCCAAUGGUAUUCCAAAGUCGCCUCCAGGCGGCGUUUCCAGUUGGAGUAAGAAGGCUGACGAGGGAGUAACAGCACCGGCUUGGAAUAUCCACCAGUACGGUUACAUGGGCGGGGCGAGUCAGGGGAACCAAGGCAUUGCAUUUGGAGCGCGUCGACAGAUCACAAGCGCCGGGCCUCAUGUACCCAAUGCAGCGGAGAAGGAGCGGAAGCGGAAAGAGAAGGAGGCGGAGGAGCAGCGCCUACGACAGCUCGCGGAAGAGGCAGAGAACAAGCGUCGCAUUGAACGUGAGGCCGAAGAAGAGCGCCAACGUCUCGAAGAGGAGCGCAGAUGGGAGGAGGAAACGCGCAAGCAACGAGAAGCCGAACAGCGGCGGCUUGAGCAGCAAAAGCGCGAAUGGGAGGAGCAAGAAAGGAGGUGGAAGCUGGAGGAAGAGCAACGGCAGAGGGAGGAGCGGGAGGCGCAAGAGAGGCUUGAGAAAGAGGCUCGACGGAAGCGUGCUGGCAGCGACGCCCGGUUGAGGGGACAGUACUUGUCCCAGUAUCAAGCAGAACAAGGAAGCAAACCACGCAGCCGUCGGAACAGCCAGAACGACCCAGACUUACUAGCCGAGCGCGAGCGCAUUCAGGAGUUAGAGCGUCAAUUGGAGGAGGCCAAGGAACGCGAAAGACUGUACCAGUUGGAAAGAGAAGAGCGGCUACGAGACGACGAGCGGCGGAAAUUACGCUCGCGAUCGAAAAGCCGUACGCGCGAGCGCUCACGGAGUCGGCCGCGUCCACCACCGCGAGCUCCAUCUCCGCAAGACAGCCAAGCUUCCUGGAGUAAGGCGGACGAACGCGAUUACCUACGAAAGCAGUGGAACGAGAAUCAGAGCAGGAUUCAGCAGCCAAGGCCCCUGCCUGAAGAAGUCUUGCCAACUGGAACGUCUGUUCGGCCUCUACCGGAGCCAUCUCGACCCCUCCCGGACCCAGCUGCGUAUGCUAAAACAAAUCGAACAGAUCGCUACCUAGCAUCAAACCCGGUCCCGACGAGUCCGAAGCCAGCGACACAUAUUCCUCCGGAACUGACAUCUACGUCGGAGCGUGCGGCAGAGGAUGCUCGCCGCGCAGCGUCUCAAGCGAAGACAAAAGCGGGAGGUUGGGCGUCUAAGUCACUUCUCGAACGAGAGAUGGAGCGUGAGCGGGAAAGGCAAAGGGAGUGGGAGGAGGCACAAAAGGCUUUGAAGAACGCUCCAAGGGAUCCCAAUGCAGGUUCUGGGGAGGGUCAAUCCUGGGACGUCAAUCAGUAUGGGUACACCGGGGGAGAUAGCCAGAAUCGUGUUGGGACGGGUAUUGGAUUCGGAGGCCGGAGACAGAUUCUAGGACCGCGACCAUUUGGACCUAGAUGAGUGUGGUUGUGCAUUUGUUUGCUGUUGGUGUAUUGGUUUUGGUAGCGAGGGAUAGCUCAUAUGGCACUCUAUAGAAUUGGGACCUUGUCAUAGAAUAAGUGACAACAUUGCGACCUAUAACUGUUGUCUCUGUU